AUGGAGACUAGUAACGGAUUUCCUAAGAACAUUGAAAGUGAAAGUUCAACUCCCGAACAGAACGAUCCUCCUGUGGAUACAGCGGUCAAUUUGGUUGGCGAUCGAAAUGAUUCGCUGGAAACAACUCCUGAUCAACCAGCAAUGGAACUACCAAAGUACAUUCAUUUGGCAAUGGAACAGGUGGCAAAAAACCAGGGCUUCAAUGCAGGCCAGUUUUUACUCGACUUCCAACCGGGUUCGAGUAACGGUGAUGGAUUUGUUGGAGAACUGUUCAAAGCCACGCUCACGGAAGGUGGCCGUCGGAAGGAUUUCCUUUGCAAGGUGCCACCAUUGAACGAGGCACGUCGGGAGCAGUAUCCGGUAAUGGAGAUCUUCGCGCGUGAAACACUUGCGUACAGUAAAUUCCUUCCGCUAGCGUUUUCCUACCAGGAAGAAAAGGGAAUCGGCCGUGAGGAUGGAUUCUUUAGUGUUCCCAAUUGUUUCCUCGCAGAGUGUGACGAAGUAGCCGAAGAAUCGGUCAUUGUGAUGGAAGAUUUACGGCUAGCUGGGUAUCGUAUGUGGGACAAGCUGGUUCCGGUGAACUAUGAACACGCCCGUUUGGUGAUGGACCAGCUCGGUCGAUUGCAUGCGGUUUCGUUGGCGUUGAAGCGUGAUCGUCCCCAAGAACUGGCACAAUUUAAGGAGCUCGAACCGUUUAAAGAGCUAGCCGGAGCCGAUAGUUCGUUCGUUGUCAUGCUUAGGAAGAUGACACUUGAUGCCAUGGAUACGUUGGAGCCACAGGAAACGCUGGAACGUACCAAGUUGCAGAGCAUGCAUGAUAACAUGAUGCAGAAUAUAGAACUCUUUUCGGACGGUGCUCAGGCGGAGCCGUUUACGGUAGUUGCUCAUGGUGACUGUUGGGUUAACAACUUUAUGUUCCAGUAUGUGAAUGGAACUCCAAAGAACAUUAUGCUUCUCGACUGGCAAUGUCUACGCUAUGUAUCGCCUGUUAUUGAUCUGGUAUAUUUCAUAUUCUGCUGCACGGACGAAGAGUUCCGCCGAUGUCACUACGACGAGAUGAUGAGCAUCUACUACCACUCUAUGGCAACAUUGCUCGAAAAGCUCGGCCAUAACCCGCAGGAAGUGUUUCCUCGGACCGCUCUUAUGCGUCAGUUGCGAAAGUUUGGUAGCUUCGGUUUAAUGAUGGCCGCGUUUCUCAUACCUCUGAUGAGCAACGAAGAACUGCCCGACAUGAACGAGACGGCCGAAAAGUUUCGCGAAGAGCAACUCGUCGACUUAACGGUGUUCACGAAAAAUACCAACCAAACGGCCUACCGGAAGCGGAUGAGUGCGGUUAUACGAGAUGCCGUGCGGUAUGGUUAUGUCUGA